AUGUUUUUAACACAUUCAUUUUUAUUUUCAUUUAUUAAUUCUUAUUCUUCUAAAAUAUUUAUUUCAUGGAAAACAAGUUUUAAUGAUCAUGUUGAUCUAAAUAUAUUAACAAAUAAAUAUCGUACAACUGUUUGUGUUCAUGAAAUAGAAAAAGAUCGAGAUGUUAGUGGUCAUUUAGUAUCACAUGGGAUUUGGGAAGAACAUUUAGUAACACAUUUUAUUGGUAUACUCUCAACUUAUAAACAAUAUUCAUUUAUUGAUAUUGGUGCAAAUCUAGGUAUAUAUAGAAUGUAUGCAGCAUCAUUAGGUUGUUCAAAUAUAAUAUCAAUUGAAUGGUUUCGUCCAAAUAUUGAACGAAUUCGUCGAUCGAUUCAACCUGAAAAUGUUCAAAAACAAGUUGAACUUAUUCCUCGUGCACUUUAUAAUAAAUCAGAUGUUUAUUUAUCUCUUCGAGCUAAUAUUAAAAAUAAUAUUGGUUCAUAA